AUUUCACCUUUCCCUUCACUUCAAUUUUCUGUUUGUUAUUUUUUGCUAGAGAGUUUUUUUUUUUUUUCUUGGGAGGGUGCAUGUGAUCAGCACAGGGCCAAUCAGCACUGUCCAGACCAGGGGCGGACUGACCAUUUGGAAACUCUGGCACUGCCCGAGGGCCCAGGGUCAGUAGGGGGCCCCAUGAGAUGCCCCUGGGUCCUUGCCCAAACUCAAAAAAAGCCUAUGAAAAAGGUACCAGGGGCAUCUCAUGGGGCCCCCUACUGACCCCAGGACCUCAGGCAGUGCCCGAGUUUCCAAAUGGUCAGUCCGCCCCUGAUCAGAACCCAUUCUACUGUGCAUGUUUACACAGAACUGUGAGUGCUCCAGUUGGGUCCUUCUCCAUUGGGCUGUUUCCUAAAUACAAGUUUUGUUAUCUGCAACUGGACUCA